AAAAGUUUGUAAGUAAAAUUAAAGGAGUAAAAAUUUAGAGGUGGAGAGCGAGAAAAAUGGUGGAGAGAGGAAGAGAGUAGAGCGGUUCAAUGGCAGCGUUUCCCGGCUAAAUAAGGUGUAGAGAGAGAAAGAGAGAUAGUUUUAUUCGGGAAGAAUGAGCGCUUCAAGAUUCAUCAAAUGUGUGACGGUGGGCGAUGGUGCUGUUGGAAAGACAUGUCUCUUGAUUUCAUACACCAGCAACACCUUCCCCACGGAUUAUGUGCCUACUGUGUUUGAUAAUUUCAGUGCCAAUGUCGUUGUCAAUGGAGCCACUGUUAACCUUGGCCUGUGGGAUACUGCUGGGCAGGAAGAUUACAACAGAUUAAGGCCUUUGAGUUAUCGUGGAGCUGAUGUUUUUAUUCUGGCAUUUUCUCUUAUCAGCAAGGCAAGCUAUGAAAAUGUUUCCAAGAAGUGGAUUCCUGAAUUGAAGCAUUACGCUCCUGGUGUCCCUAUAGUUCUUGUUGGCACAAAACUUGAUCUUCGUGAUGAUAAGGAGUUCUUCGAAAAUCAUCCAGGCUCUGUACCAAUCACUAACGCACAGGGAGAGGAGCUGAGGAAAUUGAUUACGUCUCCAUCUUAUGUUGAAUGUAGUUCAAAAACACAAGAGAAUGUGAAAGCAGUUUUUGAUGCUGCCAUUAAAGUUGUUCUCCAGCCACCCAAGCAAAAGAAAAAGAAGGGAAAGGCUCAAAAAGCUUGCUCCAUAUUGUGAUCAGCUUGAGGUGAAGAUAUACGUCCACCUCCCGCCCUUCCACCCAUCUAUGUCCGUUUCUAUUCUUUUUGCAUAACAAGUAGGAGAUCACACUUUUAGGCCUUCAUUGUGCCCUUUAUGUUUUCCUUUGUUUUUUUUAUGUAUCGAUCAGACAUAAAACUGUGAUUUUGGCUAAUGGUUCUUGAAUUUGUUUUCUUCUACUUAUUUUGUGUAUUGUAAUCAUGAGUUUUAAAUCUAUAAAGUGUGAAUGUGGGCUUCUAUUUGGUUA